UCAGCCAGCGAUCCCCUUCCUUUUUGUUUUCUCCAAUGUGAAAGCUGCUUGAUCUGUGAUUCGCUCGAUAUUUCCCCAACCGGCAGGACAAGAGUUCAAGCGGCAUUGGCUGGUCGUUGAAAUACCAUCUGGCGAGAUCAACUCAAUAACCAACUAGCAUCAACAUCAGCAUCUCUGCAACCGCCGCAAUGGUCUUCUACCCGCCAGCCUGGGUGCCGCAGCUGCCCUUUGACCCCCCGGACAGCAUCAGCAUCGAGGAGUUCAUGACCAACGAGCAGUACGGCCGCGCCUCGGCCUCUAACAGCCUGAACCCCUUCACGUGCGGCCUGACGGGCAGGACCUACACCAACGCCGAGGCGUCGGCGCGGACGGACCGCAUCGCGCGCGCGCUGGCGGGGCGGCUGGGCUGGCGGCCGCGCGGCGGGGGCACAGCCUGGGACAAGGUCGUGGCCAUCUUCUCGGCCAACGCCGUCGACUACCGCUCCGUGCUGCACGCCGUCCAUCGCCUCGACGGCAUCGCCACCCCGGCCAACGCCGCCUACUCGGUCCAGGAGCUGACCCACCAGCUGGCCGCGUCGGGCGCAAAGGCCCUCGUCACGUGCGCGCCGCUGCUCGAGACGGCCCUCGCCGCCGCCCAGGCCGCGGGCAUCGCGCGCGACCGCGUCUUUGUCAUGUGGGUGCCGGGCACCCCUGAGGCGCGCCAGCAGCUGCAGGGGCUCGUCACCGUCGACGACCUGGUGGACGAGGGCGCCCGGCUGCCUGAGCUGGAGCGCGUGGCCUGGCCCAGGGGUCAGGGGGCGCGGCAGCCGGCGUUCCUGUGCUUCUCGAGCGGCACGUCGGGCCUGCCCAAGGCCGUCAUGAUCUCGCACCGCAACGUCAUCGCCAACGUGAUGCAGUUCACGGCCCACGACAGCGUCGCGGCCGAGAGGCGCGGGGGGCUCGGCCGCCAGGCGACGCUGGGGCUGCUGCCCUUUAGCCACAUCUACGCGCUUGUUGUCAUUGUGCACGCCGGCACAUACCGCGGCGACGGCGUCGUCACGCUGCCCAAGUUUGAGCUCGGGUCGUUCCUCGAGGCGAUUCAGCGGUUCAAGAUAUCGCAGCUCUACGUUGUCCCGCCCAUCAUCAUCCAACUCACAAGAAACGCCGACAAGUGCAAAAAGUACGACCUGAGCUCUGUGCGAUGCGUCUUCUCGGGCGCUGCGCCCUUGGGCGAGGAGACGGUUGCAAACCUGAAGAGCAUUUACCCGCAUUGGCUGGUCACACAGGGAUACGGCAUGACCGAGACGUCAACCGUGGUCUGCAGCACGAGCGAGCACGACAUCGUGACCCGCUCGUCGGGCUCGCUCGUGGCCAUGACCAAGGCCAAGCUGAUGGACGAGCACGGCAACGAGGUGACGGCGCUCGACACGCCCGGCGAGCUGUACGUGCAGUCGCCGUCGGUGACGCUCGGCUACCUCAACAACGAGAAGGCGACGGCCGAGACGUUUGUGCACCACGACGACGGGCGGUGGAUCCGCACGGGCGACGAGGUGCUCGUGACGCUCUCGCCGGCCGGCCACGAGCACUUCGUCGUGGUCGACCGCAUCAAGGAGCUCAUCAAGGUCAAGGGCCACCAGGUGGCCCCGGCCGAGCUCGAGGCGCACCUGCUCACCCACCCCUUCGUCGAGGACUGCAGCGUCAUCCAGGUGCCCGACGACCGCGCCGGCGAGGUGCCGAAGGCCUUUGUCGUCCGGUCCGCCGCCGCCCGGGCCGCCCCGGGGGGCGACGUCGAGGUGGUGCGGGCCGUGGAGAAGCACGUCGAGGAGCACAAGGCGCCCUACAAGUGGCUCAAGGGCGGCGUCGAGUUUGUGGACGAGAUCCCCAAGAGCCCCAGCGGCAAGAUCCUGCGCCGGCUCCUGCGCGACAGGGAGAAGGAGAAGAGGCGGGCGCAGGGUUCCAAGAUGUAGAUUUAUUUUUGUCCGUCUCUCAUGUUUCUGUUGUUGUUUCUCAUGUUGCCUCGCGAGUACACAGUAGAUUUUGGACACGGGGUAUGUAGCUAGGUAUAAAGUGCCAAGAAAAACAACCACGUUUUGGAGGCUGUUUGAACGGG